AUGAGCUCCCCUUCCCAGACCCCUAAUCCGUCCCCGACCCAGUCCCCCUCCCAGUCCCGAACCAACCACAACGGCAGCCCUGCCAAUCAGCAGCCUCAGUCCAACUCGGGUGGCUCCGCCCCUUCCCCACCCCCCAGCCGGGGGGCCACCUCCCGCCCCCCCUCUCACCCUCCCACCCCCACCCCCUCACAGCCCUCCUCCCGGGCUUCCUCUCUGUCCCCCAGCCCUCAUGUCCAACACGUGCCUCGAGGGUCUGUCCAGAACCCCACGCCGCCCGCCUCCAAAUCUCCCUCCCAAUCCGGCUUGAAAUCCAUCUCUCGAAACUCGUCCCAGUCGCCCGCCACGCCCCUCGCCAAGUCCCCCAACCAGAGCCCCGCCACCUCGGCCUCCUACAUCGGGUGCAUCCCGGGCAUCCCGGCCUACAUCACCCCCUAUGUGUCCCGCUUCCUGAAGGAGCCCCCCUUCUUCCAGCCCCCCACAGCGCCACUGCCCCUGUACCCGGCCUACGAGCGCGAACGCGAGCGCGCGCGCCCGGCGCCCCCCGAGUCCCUCUACUUCCCCCUCCUGCCGCCCCCGGCCCCCCUCCCGCCGCUCCACUGCACCUACCGGACUCCGCCCGCCCUGCUCUCGCCCCCCUCCUCGCUCACCUACUCGCCGCCCUUGGAGGUGCUGGUGGGCGGCAAGCCGCCCGUGGCGCCCACCGUGCUGCCGGCCACCUUCUACACGCCCUUCUCGCGCUACUACUCGCAGCCGCGCGUCUACCGCCCCGUACCCCGCCCCUGA